UGUCAGGUUUGUGUGUGUCAAAAGCCCGACUUCGAUUCCUCAAUCUACCUCGGAAAUUUUCCAUUUGCUGCCUCCGGUGCUUUCCUUAUUUUUCCCCUUUUGAUUAAGUUACAAUUCGUGAAGAUAGGAACUACCAGCAGCAUGGCCGUAACGAAUGUGACCAGUGUUGAUCAGUACAAUAAGUUAAUAGGGUCAUCGUCGGUUACGGUGGCUCUAUUUUCCGCCGAAUGGGCCGACCAGUGCAAACAGAUUCUUGCGGUUAUGUCCGAGAUGGCCAAGCAAGCGACCUUCAGCGGACUUCAGUUUUUGGACGUUCCCGCGGAGGAUUUGUCGGAGGUAUCGCUAAAACACCAAAUCGACGCCGUUCCGACGGUUAUCUUCUUCAAAGGCGGUAAGGCAGUGGACAGAAUUGACGGAGUAGACAUUGCCUCAUUGACGGCCAAGUGUCGGAAACUGGCCGGCGCCGGAGGAGAUAGCACAGGAAGCGGUGGCAGUUUGGAAGAUCGGCUCAAGGCACUAAUAAAUCGCGCCAACGUUAUGAUAUUCAUGAAGGGCGAUCGGAACACGCCUCGAUGUGGAUUCUCGAAACAGCUGAUAGCCAUCAUUAAUGAGACCGGGGUGCAGUACGACACAUUCGACAUUCUGACCGAUGAAGAGGUACGACAGGGCCUAAAAACCUACUCGGAUUGGCCAACCUACCCACAGGUCUACGUCAAAGGUGAACUGAUCGGAGGGCUCGAUAUCAUCAAGGAAUUGUUGGCCGCCGGGGAACUGAACGCCACCCUCAAUGCCUGAGAAACCGAGAACGACGUGUGUCGUAAGUAUUUCUAACCGCGGGCAACGCAAGAGUGAGGACGAUACUUUUGUCUAUCCAGAAAGUGUUCUGCUUCAUACUGAUACAAAAAUGACUUGCAAAAAUUAGGGCAGAGUUGUAACAUGAA